GUGCCAUCAAGUUGUGAGGAAGGCCAAGAUCAAAGAAUCUGUGUAUAGACACCAAUCAAACCAAAAUGUUACUCCCUUAUACAACCUUCUUCUUUCUAGUGCUAACAACUUGUAGAUCAUCAGACACCAUAGCUGUGCAUCAAAACAUCUCUGAUGGUCAGACCAUUGUUUCAGAAAACGCAAAAUUUGAGCUUGGUUUCUUUAGCCCAGGCAACUCCAAAAAUCGAUACCUGGGGAUAUGGUUUAAGAACACGCCUUCGCAAACAGUUGCAUGGGUUGCAAAUCGCGAAACUCCACUUAUAGACACUUCAGGUGCUAUCAAACUAGACAACCAAGGGAACUUGUCACUUGUUAAUGGUAGCGGCAUAGUCAUAUGGUCAUCCAACUCCUCCGCAUCUGGCACAAAUACCAAUCUCAUAGCACAACUCUUGGAUUCGGGCAAUCUGGUAAUUAAGACUGGAUAUAAAUCCAACAAUGAAAGUCUUAUUUGGCAGAGUUUUGAUUACCCUGGGGAUACCUACUUAACAGGAAUGAAGUUGGGCAAGAACUUCAUAACUGGAAGAGAAACAUUUCUGACAUCGUGGAAGAGUGAAGAUGAUCCUUCGCCAGGAGAGUAUACGUUAAGGUUUUUAAUGGUUAAGGGUAAAUAUCAACAAUUCUAUAUUAGGAGAAGCUCUGCUAUUGAAACAAGGAUCGGGCCAUAUAAUGGCAUAUCAUUUUCUGGCCGGCCACUAAUUACACCCGACGCUAUUAAUCCAGUAUAUGUGAGUUAUAUAGUUGUGAACCAGAACGAGAUGUAUUUCACUGCUUUAUCUAGUAAUGAUACAACCACAGUCUCGUCAAGAACGGUAGUAACUCCUGGUGGUAAACUUGAGAUCUUCCAGCAAAAAUUUGCAAACCAAGAUUGGAUCAAGAGUAUCACCUUACCAGUGGAUUAUUGUGACAACUACAGAGUAUGUGGCCCAUAUGGGAGCUGUAAUGCUGCCACGACUCCUUAUUGUGGAUGCUUAAAAGGAUUUGAACGAAACACCUCAGAUGAUACAAGUGUUUGUCGACAGAGCAUAGCCUUAGAUUGUGGGCCUGGAGAGGGAUUUGAAAAGCUUUCAAGCAUGAAAUUGCCGGAUACGGAGAAUGCUGUCUUCAGUGGCAACAUGAGCCUGCAAGAUUGUGAGGUAGCUUGCAAGAAUAAUUGUUCGUGCACCGCCUAUGCAAAUCCAAACAUCACUCCAGGUGGGAUUGGGUGCUUGCUAUGGUUUGGAGGUUUGACUGAUGUUCGAGUGUACUCACAAAACGGGCAAGAUUUAUAUGUUAGACUUGCAGCCUCAGAAUUGAAGUUCCAAAGAAAGAAACGAGCAGUUAUGGUAGUUACUUUGUCAAUAUCAGCUGUGUUGACUUUGUUGGGCCUUGUAUUGGCACUCUACAUUAGAAGAAAAUGGAAGAAGAGAUCAGAUGCAGAGAGCAGCAGCCAGAUGGGAAGUGCAGACGUUACUUUGUUUAGCUUAUCUAACAUUUCUAGGGCUACCAAUGACUUUGCGGUCGACAACAAGCUGGGGGAAGGUGGAUUUGGACCAGUGUACAAGGGCGUGUUGGAAGGACAAGAGAUUGCUGUGAAGCGGCUAUCAAAGUCCUCUCAACAGGGGCUUGAUGAAUUUAAGAAUGAAGUCAUAUGCAUUGCUAAACUUCAGCAUCGGAAUCUUGUGAAGCUCUUAGGAUAUUGCAUUCAAGGCAAUGAGAAAAUGUUAAUUUAUGAAUACAUGCCUAACAAAAGCUUAGACAGUUUGUUAUUUGAUGAAUCAAGGAAGUUGUUUCUUGAUUGGCCACAACGCUUCCAGAUAAUUCAUGGGAUUGCUCGAGGUCUUCUUUAUCUUCAUCAAGAUUCCCGGCUUAAAGUUGUACAUAGGGACUUAAAAGCAGGGAACAUUUUACUUGAUCAUCAGAUGUGUCCAAAGAUAUCGGACUUCGGUUUGGCAAGAAUGUUUAAAGAAGAUGAGAAUGAAGCAAAUACUAAGAGAGUUGUGGGAACUUUGGGCUAUAUAUCUCCAGAGUAUGCAGUGAACGGAAUUUACUCAGUGAAGUCAGAUAUUUUCAGCUUCGGGGUUUUAGUACUAGAAAUUGUGAGCGGGAAGAAAAAUAGAGAAUUUGUUCAUGAAGACAAUGAGGAUAACCUUCUUGGACAUGCAUGGAGACUUUACAAAGAAGGAAGGUGUCUUGAUCUUAUUGAUGAAUGUUUAUGCCCGUCAUAUUCUGCUUGUGAAGUGUUGCGAUCUGUACAUGUUGGCCUAUUAUGUGUGCAACAACGAGUGGAAGAUAGACCGAACACGCCGACUAUGGUUGCGAUGUUGGGUGGUGAAGGCUCGCUUCCUUCUCCCAAAAAACCUGCUUUUUUCUUUCAAGAAACUGAAGUUAACUCCACCUCAAUCCAUCCUUUACCGUCUUCAGUUAAUGGAGUAACAUUAAGUCAAGUAGAUGGUAGAUGACGUGAAGAAAUGUUUUCAUCAUUAUUAUGUUCCUAAAUUAGCUAUAUAUGUAAAGAAUGUUACAUCAUAUGGACAAGUGUAUAUUUACCAAUCCAGAUCAAAGACAUAAAUGUGUAGUUGUAUGUGUGUUUCAUUUUA